CAUGACUUGUGCAUUCAUCAGUUAUCUUUUGCAUUUGCUUUGCAUGGGCCUGUGAUCCGUCCAUCUCGUUCUUUCAAUAUCCCUACUGAUAUGGAAAUGAUUUACAGUACUUAGACCACUGACCUUAACAUUUGUCUGUCCCUGAUUAAAGUAGAAUUAUCACUAAAAUACAUAUAUAUGUAUUAAAUAUAUGUAUUAAAUUAAGGUAUGAAGACAGGUCCCAAAGUCUCCAGGAUAUUGUUCUGCCUUCACAAAAUGCUGUGUGUUCUACAGUCAUGCAAAUAUUCACUGCCAGGUCUAAUCAAAUAUAGCUGGAUUGGGAAAGUGUGACAGAGAGAGAAGGAAGCAGACCAGCUAAACUAGGCUCCCUGUUCAUGAGUUUGGGGAUGGGAAAGACAGGAAUCCUGUUUCUCAUAGUAUGUGCCUGCUGCAGUUCAGAGCGGCAGUACUUCGCCCAGCGCAAUGCGUCCACCUGGGAGGAGGCUCGGCAGCACUGCCAGCUCUGCUACAAAGAGCUCGUCAGCCUCACUUCCGACAAUAUCCAGAUCCUGGCCCAGAAUCUGAACUCAGACUACUGGAUCGGCCUGCGCAAAUAUUUCAACAAUUCCAUGUUUUGGUCUCAGUGGUCCAACGGUGAUCCGAUGACCUUCCAGAACUGGUACCCCGGCCAGCCCAAACUCCCAAAACCACAGCCAAAACCUAUGCACACUGUCAACCUUGGAGGUUUCUGCAGCAAUUUCAAUAUCACAGAGCACAGUUAUUUGCAGGAUGAUGUAUGUGUAAUCGAGGUUGAAGAAUUCUGUAUGAACACCACCAGUGUCAAAACAGAGUACAUCCCUUCUGAGAGUAUGCUCCUAAGUCGCACAAAUUUUACUGAGGAAGAAGAAAUGGAGGUCCCUGAGAACCCUUGUGUGUCCCUGCUGAGUUCUGGCUUGUGGUUUGAGAAGAAAUGCACUGACGUCUUACCAUAUAUCUGUUAUGAAGACCGUUUCUAUGGCAAAGUGGCAAUUUCCAAUGUGACCCUGAGUAGCAUGACAGUGAGCUGGAUGGCUGGGCCUGGAAACAUUGCCUUAUAUAGGGUAGAGGUGAGAGGAGACAUUCACUUGACGGAGAACACAACUGACCUCAUCAUGAAUUUCUAUAAUCUCACAUCAGGCACAAAGUACAGAGUCCAGGUAUUCCCUGUGAAGUGUGAGAGAGACCUCAACCCACAGAAUGUGACAUUCUAUACCAAGCCUGGAAGUGUCAGACAUCUUGGUGUCAUUAAUGUUACAAUGGACUCUGCCUUCCUCUCGUGGGUCCAGCCAAUUGGAAAUCAUUCAUUCUACAAAGUGAAGAACCAUCCCCUGUGAAAAAUCUGAUUUUGAACAGUUCCAAUGACUGUAUCAUGGCUAGGUGGGAUCCCCCAGA